AUCACCUCCCCCAGCUUGUCUAUACACGAUUUCUACAAACAACCCAGAAAAGUCUCUGUAGUCAGUAUCAGUGGAUUAAAAACACCUACAGUAAAUAUGAGGAUGAGGACAGCUUUUCAGUGCUUGCUGUUGUUUAUAUGGCACGGGUGUCUGCUCACCGCUGUAACCUCGACCACUGUAUGCCGUCGGCCUCCUGAGGAGAACGGCUCAGAGCUGAGUGGAGGACAGUUAUUUUUCGAGCCAGGGACGGAGGUUACACUGUCAUGCACCCAGGGAUACUCAAAUGCCGGGGGGUCACGUAAAAUAAUCUGCAAAAAUAAUGGAGAGUGGACCACGCGCGAGCUGAAGUGCAACCCAAAGCGAUGUCCGGUUCCAAAAUCACUGCAAAAUGGAAAAGCAGACUUCGAAGGAAUUGUUUAUCAAAACGUCAUCACGUAUUCCUGCUUGGAGGGAUACAUACUGGUUGGAGCCAGUCAAAGCAAAUGCUUACACACGGGCCAGUGGAGUGAGACUCCCCCACAGUGUGAAGCUAUUGUUUGUGAUCUUCCGGUUAUUCCACCUUACUCCAAAAUCGUAUAUGACAGAGCGUUCAGUGGGAACACCGUAGAUUUUGGUUUUGGAGGAACCUAUGAGUGUUUGCCUCCCUUUGUUCUCUUUGGUGAGAAAAGAGCCACGUGCACUGCCAACGGCACAUGGAGCGAACCACCAGAGUGCAAGCUAGUAACAUGUCCCGUGCCCAGAGUAAUAGAGAAUGGAUUUCUGUCAUUUGCUGAGACUCGAGAGCAUGGGUAUACGGAAAAAGUCAAGUACGGCUGUAACCCAUCCUAUGUCCUCGUUGGACCAGUGGAGGCUGAAUGUACAGAAACUGGCUUAUGGUCCAGUAUUCCUGCAUGUAAAGGUCCUUGUAAGGUUAAUAUAUAUAGGGGACGCAUUAUGUACAAAGGUUUAAAGAUAUGGAUUGAGGACUUCAGUCCCAACCUGGUGUUGCACUCAGAGUCUGUCACUGUCUACUGUAUGAAUAAUGGGAGAAACUGUGGCUAUCCUGUGACAAUGCAGUGUAACGACGGACAAAUGCCGAUUCCCACCUGUUACGAAGAACCUGGUGCUAUGUCAUACAAAUUUCGGUCAGGAUAUCUGCCAUCUGAGAUCGAGCAGUGCAACUGAUCACUGCAAGCUAGGACACGAAAAGGAUGAAUAGAAAAAGACAUUUUGACGUCUGCUUGAAGAAAAACAACAGUUCUUGCUUCCAGGGUUUAAGAUCACUCUUCCAGCAUGUAAUAUUAUGACUGAUCAAGACAUUUAAAAAUAUAAUAUCAUUUUAAUUUUUUUAUUAAAAAAAAGUUUUUGCUUUUAAUAAUAAUAAUAAUAAUAAUAAUAAUAAUAAUAAUAAUAAUAAUAAUAAUAAUAAUAAUAAUAAUAAUCUAUUUUAGAUUAUUAUAUUUAAAUAAAAGCAAAAACACAGAGACUGUUUUGUCUUUUGGACUUUCCACAACCCUAAAUGGGCAAAAGUACAACUUAGAUGCCCUUAUCAGAGUGACUUACAUGUUUAUCUCAUUCUCUUUAUACAACCAAGCAAUUUAGGGUUAAGGGCCUUGCUCAGGAGCCCAGCAGUGGCAGACUGAUGGACCUGGGAAUUGACCUCACAACCUUUGAAUUGGUAAUAAAGUACCUUAACCACUAGGCUACCAACUCCACCUUAUUAUUAUUAUUAUUAUUAUUAUUAUUAUUAUUAUUAUUAUUAUUAUUAUUAUUAUUAUUAUUAUUAACUAGUAAAUUAAUGAAUGUUUUUGGCAAAGGAAUAAACACUUGUAAUAAACACAAUACUGAAAAGCAUUCACAUAUUUUUUCUGUAAAACAAUAAACUUCUACUAAUACAAUAAAAAAAAAACUUAAUAUAAGUGAUGAAGUGUGUUUGGAUGUGAAAGUAAAGAGACUCCCUGAA